GUCCGAUGGUUUCUCUAGAUAAGACUCUUAUUCCUCGUCUGGGAUCGUGUAGAGCUCUUUGAAGCUUCACUGAAACUGACAUUUGGACCUUCAACCCGUUGAACCCCAGUGAAGUCCACUAUAUGGAAACAUGUUUUCCUUCAUUUCUUUUCGACUGAAGAAAGAAAGACAUAAACAUCUUGGAUGACAUGGGGGUGAGUAAAUUAUCAGGAAAUUUUAAUUCUGAACUGAACUAAUCCUUUAAUUAUGGACAACAGGAUUUAUAUAUGUAGCCUUUGGCAUUUAUUUUAUUGGUAAACAGAUAAAUGCAUCUCAUAAAAUCUGUUCAGAAAUGUAUAAAACAAGUACAGCUGUAACAGUGUUUUUGCUGUUUUCUGGACUGCACAAACACAGAUGAUGAUCAUAUUAUGUGUUUGAAAUGUUCAGCAUUGCACAGUGUGAUCUUGCUCAUAUAUCUUUGAGUUUAGAAGGCAUGUUUGAGCAGUACACUAGUAUCGCACCCUCCUCACAGGCUGCGUGUGGCUCAAGGACAGAAGCGCAGGAGAGCGUCUCAGUGAAGGGAUUUACUGCAGCACUGAGUCAUAAACCUCACCACACCGACAGAUGCUGCUCUGUUCCUCCUCCAGCUCAUUUCAACAUCCAAUAAAUCACUCAGAAACUGAAGAAACUAUGUGGAUCAGGACGGAACUGCAAUAGAAAAACCACAUGAGCGACAUCUCUUCUCUUCUCUGAUGACGAGGGUGGGGCAACCUGUCACUCACAUGAGAUCCACCAAUAGCAAACCACAACCAUCCAAUCAAUUCCCCACGGACAAAAUCAAGCCCCGCCCUACAUUUGUUCUUGUUCCAGAAGCCGUUUCACCUGGAUAUAUGUCACAAUAGUGAAGAAAAGACAAGCGCAACUUCCCUUUCAUGAUGACUUUAACAUGUGAACUGGUCUUUACACACUCUAAACACUCCAGUUGUAAUUUCAAUGUUCAUUUUCUCCUAAGUGGAUGAUGGAUUGUCAUGAAAACUGGGACCAAUCUUCUUUCGUUCUCAUGUUUCCUGAUCCUGAAUGAAGUACAGUAUAGCUAAGUCUUUUCUUUUUUUCUUCAAAUGCCAAAAUAUACUCCCAAAUGUACUUGAAGGGGCAAGAAAAUACAUUUCCUGUUUUAAAAUACAUGAAUGUAAGACUGAUGGAUUUAUGUAGCUCUCUCAUCUGAGCUUGUGUAGAUCAUUCUCCGUCUUCUGUUCAGCAACACAAAACAUACAUAUGCAACAGAGGAAAUAAAACACACUCCUCUGCAUUCAUGCCAUGUAUUUCACAGCGCUGUCAGGAACGAGACUAUUUUUAGCAUCCCUAAUGUGAAUCGCUCGAACCUGUUGAGGUGAUUCUUCAGGAGAGAUGAGACAGGUGUGAGAACAGGUGAGAAAUCCCAGACUAACACACCUGCACACAUACUGUACGAUUCAGUGUCUUUAUGUGAGAAAUGAAGACUUCUGGAUGGUUUAUGCUUCUCAUGAUCCUAUAGAAAGUCUGAAAUUCUGUACAAAACUGAAAUUUAGUUUUAGUUUUGAUUAGCUCUUUGUUUGCAGAGUAUAAUGUGCAGAAGAUGUGCCUGAAGCCUUCCUUUUGUGUCAUUAUUUCAGAGUUUGCAUGACUGCACUAUUAUUCUAUUAUGUGGAAAAGAGUUGUAAUAAACAAUAAGUCCAAUUGUUUGACAGGUGCAGUUUAAUAUAUCUUAGCUGAAAAAUCAUUGAUUGAUAUGUUUGUUUGUUCGUUCAUUUAUUUGUUGGCUGUUAUGCAGGGAGAGGCUAGAAAACACAAAAUGGAACGUGUAAACAAAAUAAAUCAUCUUGAUUUACCAAACAAAUGUUAUUUAAAUGUUAAAUGCUUAGAAAUAUGUUGAGAUCACACUUUAUUUAAAGGUUACACUUGUACUUAAUGUAGUAAUAACUGUAAAUUAUGAAUAAUUACAAGCAACUACACUAAAAAUGUUUUACAAGAAAAUAUUUUAGUUUUUCUACCUUUAAUUCAAUGUGUUACUUGUUGAUUCUUUGUCAUUUUUGUGAGAUUUACUAGCAAUGUAUGAGUGAAAAUUACCAUAUUUUUUAUCAUCUUUAAACCAAACAUGUAGUGAUUGAACCUGCUGUUAAACAUGAACAGGUUUUACGGUAGAAUUUUUACAGUUACAAUCAUUUUUUUAACGAAGUCAAGUGUAACUGCAGAUCAUCCUUUCAUCCUGAAACACUGCAUCAAGAUAUGUCUGCACAUGGACUCUUCUUCAAUUUUUGAGAAUGACUUAUCAGAACAUGGUUUCAUCUUCAUCGUUUCCAUCCGUGACCCGAAGGACGACGAUAAAUCAACAUGAGCGUGUGUGUCAUGCAGGUCAGAUCAGAUAAAUGACUGACCACCAUGAUCUGUAACAGCUCAGCAUACACUGGGACAGAAAAAUGAUUUUUCAAAAGUUGUAAAUAAAACAAAGAUUAUUGGAGUAUGUUUUACGAGAUAGUAGUUCAGUUUAUCUACUUCAAAAUCUCACAUUCAAUUCAAUGUGUUGCUUGCUGUUUUUUAUAAUUGUGAAAUUCUCUAUCAAUUUCAUUAACACUAUAUUUUACAGUGUCAUUGUUACAUGUUACAUGCAGUUACUGUAGUAAUAACUGUAAAUUAUGCAUAAUUACAUGCAACUAACCCUAAACCAAACCGUAAUCCUACACCUAACCCUAUAGUAAGUACAUGUAGUUAAUUAAUAUUACUCAGUACUUAAAUGUAUAAUUACACUGUAACAAGGACGUCUUAAAAAAAGUGUAACUUUUGUUUUAGGUUACACUUUAUUUUAACAGUGUAAUUACAUAAAUAAGUACAGCGGUAUAUAUAGGAAAACUGUAAUAGAUCUAACCUUACAUGUUAUGGCAUUUUACAGUAAAAUGCUAUUAAAUGUACUAUUUUUAGAACUCAUAAUUACAGUGAAAACUAACAUUCCCAGAAUUCCCAGUGUGACACUUCUUCAUUUUAUCAUUUAUGUACAUUAGGCUUUUGUUUCAUCUUAUGUUGUGAAAUGAAUGUGUGCUACAUUAUUUUAGUGUCACGUGUGUUAUGAUGGUGUUUUGACACUGUGUGCAUCUUUUGUAUAUACUAGUGUCUUUCUCUUUAUCACAGUGUUAUUAUGAUGGAUGUCAGACUAAGUUAAAAGAUCUAAAACAAAUAGCAACAUGUCCAUUUUACAGGUUGUUCUGUAGAUAUGUUUACUUUUUUUCUGGUAUUUUUUUUUCUUUUUUUUUCUCAGAAUUAUUCCACCAACCACAGCUGCCAUUUUUUUUUUUUUUUUUUGCCUGUAAAAAGAAAACAAGAUUCAUUUUUUUCUUACAAUGAAGUUCAAGAGCAGCCCGUGGAUUGAGCUCCGCGUGUGAAUCGCGUCUGCCUCGCGCUGCUGCUGCUCGGAGAUCCGCGCUCUUGUCAAUCAGCAGAAUUACGAGGCUCGCACUGCGCAGGCGUGAUCCAGUCUGAGCCGCGCGAGCUCGAGGCCAGUCUCUUUCCCCGUCUCUCCCGUUCUCAAGCUCUCCCGCCGGACAUGCCUCUGCACCACCUGCGGAUCGCGCGUCUCUCCGGCGCGUGAAUGGCCCUCGCGCCAUGGACGAAAUGCCGUUCCAGAAAGUCAAGACCCGGCGCCGGAGAAGCCACUGUCCGCCCGGGGUCAUCGCGUGCGAGGACGAGUUCGACUGCAAGGAGCUCGAGUCGCUCUUCCACAACUACAACCUGAGGCUCGAGCAGACCUCCACGCUGAAGGCGCUGUCCGUGCUCAUCCUGCUGUCCUCCGGCCUCAGCCUGCUGGAGCUGCUGCUGUCCGGCGCCAGCCUCACCAUCGCCAAGGGCUCGUACCCGGUGCACUUCGUCGUCUUCAUCUCGCUCUUCAUCGUCACCAACGUCAAGUACCUGCAGGUGACCCAGCUGCAGCAGAUCGCGCACCUGAGCCUGUUCUUCAGCUUCACCUUCUCGGUGCUGUGCUGCCCGUUCCCGCACGUGUCGGGCGCCGCGGGUCCGGAGCAGGGCGUGUGGCAGCUGCUGCUGCUGACGUUCGUGGCGUACGCGCUGCUGCCCGUGCGGACGCUGCUGGCGCUGCUCUUCGGGCUGCUGGUGUCCGUGUCGCACACGAUCGUCACAGCCACGUCGGUGACGGCGAAGACGCAGCGGCUGUGGAGAGCGCUGGUGGCGAACACACUGCUCUUCACCAGUGUCAAUCUGUCCGGUCUGUUCGUGCGCAUCCUGACGGAGCGAGCGCAGCGGAAAGCCUUUCUACAGGCCCGAAACUGCAUCGAGGAGCGACUGCGCAUGGAGGACGAGAACGAGAAGCAGGAGCGUCUGUUGAUGAGUCUGCUGCCCAGGAACGUGGCCAUGGAGAUGAAGGAAGACUUCCUCAAACCACCAGAGAGGAUCUUCCACAAGAUUUACAUCCAGCGGCAUGACAAUGUCAGCAUCUUAUUUGCGGACAUCGUGGGCUUCACGAGUCUGGCGUCGCAGUGCACGGCGCAGGAGCUGGUCAAGCUGCUCAACGAGCUCUUCGGCAAGUUCGACGAGCUGGCCACGGAGAAUCACUGCAGGAGAAUCAAGAUUCUGGGCGACUGCUACUACUGUGUGUCUGGACUGACUCAGCCCAAAACAGACCACGCACACUGCUGCGUGGAGAUGGGCCUGGACAUGAUCGACACCAUCACAUCGGUGGCUGAAGCCACAGAGGUGGAUCUGAACAUGCGUGUGGGUCUGCACACGGGACGCGUGCUCUGUGGGGUGUUGGGCCUCAGGAAGUGGCAGUAUGACGUGUGGUCCAAUGACGUGACGCUGGCCAACAUGAUGGAGGCUGGUGGACUGCCUGGGAAGGUGCACAUCACACGCGCAACACUGGAAUGUCUGAAUGGAGAUUAUGAGGUGGAGCCGGGGAACGGCCGCGAGAGACACGCAUUCCUGCUCAAACAUGACAUCGAGACCUUCUUCAUAGUGCCAUCUCACCGCAGGAAGAUUUUUCCUGGUCUGAUCCUGUCAGACAUCAAACCUGCCAAAAAGAUGAAGUUCAAGACCGUGUGUUACUUACUGGUGCAGCUCAUGCACUGCCGCAAGAUGUUCAAGGCUGAGAUUCCCUUCUCCAACGUCAUGAACUGUGAGGACGGUGACAAGAGGAGGGUUCUCCGCUCCGCACCGGAGAAGCUAAGGAACCGCACAUCGACGUCGGCCAACGCCGCUCAGAGCAGCCCGGGGACACGCGUCAACCGCUACAUCAGCCGUCUGAUCGAGGCCCGGCAGACGGAGUCCGACACGGCUGACCUGAACUACCUCACGCUCAUGUACAGAGACUCUGAGCGAGAGCGCCGGUAUCAUCAGCUGAAUGACGAGUACUUCACUGGCGCUGUCGUUCUGUCUCUCGUCCUUGCUGCUCUGUUCGGCAUCAUCUACCUUCUCAUCAUACCACAGGGGACUGUUGUGCUGGUGCUGCUGGUCUUCUGCAUCUGUUUUCUAGUCGUGUGUAUCAUGUACCUGCACAUCACUAGAGUUCAGUGUUUUCCAGGGUGCCUCACCAUACAGAUCCGGACCGUUCUGUGUGUGUUCAUAGUGCUCUUAAUAUACGCUGUGGCUCAGGCCUAUGUGGUGGGUUGUAUGCCAUGGCUUUGGCCCACCAACUCCACGCGCUCCAUCGUGAUCAUUGACGUGGCCAGAGGCCUGAACCGCACCAUGGCCGAACUCCCAUGUGAAGGUGCCCAGUACGCCUUCCUGUCCUGCGUAGUGGGGACGCUGACUAUGGCGCUCUUCCUGCGAGUGUCCUGGCUGCCCAAAGUGAUCCUGUUACUGCUGGUGGUGGUGCUGUACAUCACCAUACUGGAGCUCAGUGGAUUGCGAUACACUUCAGGAUGGGGGUUGCUGAGUUUUCGUGGUCUGGAGCCCAUCAUCUCUCUGCUGCUCUUCUCCACCGCUCUGGCCCUUCACUCCAGACAGAUGGACCUCAAACUACGGCUCGACUUCCUCUGGGCCACUCAGGCCGAGGAGGAAAGAGACGGCAUGGAGAAAGUCAAACUGGACAACAAGAGGAUUCUCUUCAACCUGCUGCCAGUUCACGUGGCACAACACUUCCUGCUGUCCAACCCCAGAAACAUGGAUCUGUAUUACCAGUCCUAUGCUCAGGUGGGGGUGCUGUUUGCCUCCAUUCCCAACUUCAAUGACUUCUACAUCGAGCUGGAUGGAAACAACAUGGGUGUGGAGUGUCUGCGACUGCUCAACGAGAUCAUUGCUGACUUCGAUGAGCUCAUGGACAAAGAGUGCUACAAGGACAUCGAGAAGAUCAAGACCAUCGGCAGCACGUACAUGGCAGCGGUGGGGCUGGUGCCCACCAUUGGGACCAAGGCAAAGAAAUCUCCUGCUGCCCACUUGAGCACCAUAGCAGACUAUGCCAUUGAAAUGUUUGACGUUCUUGAUGAAAUCAACUAUCAGUCAUAUAAUGAUUUUGUCUUGAGAGUGGGUAUUAAUGUGGGUCCAGUAGUAGCAGGGGUGAUCGGGGCUCGACGGCCACAGUAUGACAUCUGGGGGAACACGGUGAACGUCGCCAGCCGAAUGGACAGCACGGGGGUCCCAGGGAAGAUCCAGGUGACAGAUGACGUCUACCGUAUGCUUCAGACGGACUAUGAUCUGGUGUGUCGUGGCAAUGUCAGCGUGAAAGGCAAAGGUCAGAUGCUCACGUACUUUCUGGAGGGCAAAGCGCAGGACGCCGGUAACAGAGCGCCGCAUCACACCGGUGGCCUGGAGCGCAGGGUUCACGCCAUCGCCCGCACCAGCAGCACGCAGGCCAAGGCCGGCAGCAGCUUGUCUGUGUCCUCGGGCUUCGCUGCCAGGGUGGGCAUGGGCAGUACUCAAGGGACGCACGGUCACAGCUCCAAUGUGCCUUCAGUCGGAGAAGAGGAGGAGACCAAAGAGGAGGAGGUGUAGGAAUCACGUCUGCAGGUGGAACGAAUCAACUGUGUCUUCCCUUUGUACCCAGCUAUCAAUAAUAUAUUCCAAGAACGUUUUGCUAAUGUUCCCUUUAAGAUUUUUUUUUUCUGAAUGUUCCCUUAUAAUAUCCAGUUUUUUAAAUGUUUUAAAAACAUUUUUUUCUUUUCUUGGUUAUGCGAAUGUUAAUGGAACAUUCCAUUUGAUCAUUCUUCAAACAUUGUGGGAACGUUACUUUUGAAUGUUCUCUGAACGUUCUGAAAUUAGUAAUAUUUAAAACGUUAGACAAACGUCCAACUAAAACUAAAACGUUCCAUGAACGAUGUAUAAAUAAUGCUAAUGUUUUGAGAACAUUAUUAAAGACCAGAUACCUUUAAACGAACAUUCUGUUAACGUUACUGGAAGAACGUUUGUUCAUAACUUUGAGAGAACCUUGCCAGAACGUUCCCUGUUAGCUUCGGUAAGCAUUACAAUUCUCAUCUGAUUUACCUUUUCAUAACGAUUCUUCACUUCAUGCUCUUUUAAAGACUUUCCACCAUCACAUCAUAUCCUCCUGGAUAAAUUCAUUUCUUUCCCACUCAAGUCAUUGAAGUUGAUGGGCUGUGAAUGUCCACAUAAUCAUAAAGACGUGAAUGCUCUUUGAAACACGAAGGAUUCUGCGGCACUGCGGGAACAUUCAAAGCCUCAAGUGAUCUUUUGCAAGGCGCCGUUUUUUUAUGCAUCCUAAGCCAACAUCUUAUAUGAACUGUACAUACUAGAUGUCCAUACAGUUAGAUUUUGUGUAUUUUUUUGUAUUAAACUCUCCAGUGCAUUUGAAUGAAUGUGAUAGUGUGUGCGUGAGACACAUUUAUAACAGAUAGACGGCAAUAGAACAAGCACAUGCUCUGCAUCUGAACAAACAGUGCACUAGAUUUUUUUAUUCAUUUUCUCAUAACCUUCAUCUUCAUCACAUGACACACGUUUCUAAAGGUUAAUACUCUCCGAUGUUAAUGACACAUUUAUACCUGCACUCUGAUUUAAUAAUAAUAAUAAUAAUACAAUACAAAAAGUUAUCUGAUGCUUCCAAAGCCUUACAUUAGGAUACAUUCACCCAGUUUCACAGAUGAGGCUUAAACUAGUCCUAGACUAAAAUGCAUGUUUGAGCUGUUUUAACUGUAAGCAACUUGUACUGACAUGUCUUAAAAUAUGUCAGUGCCAUUGUUUUGUCUCAAGAAGCACAUCAGUAAUGUUUUUUUCUUGGGUAUGUAUAUAAAAGCUACUUAAAUACCCUAAUUAAACUAAGGCCUAAUCCUGGCUUAAUCUAAGCCCUGUCUGUGAAACCGGGCCAGAGAGUUUAUAUGUUUAAGUACACAUUGUUUCAAAGCAGUGUGUGUAUAUAGAACAAGAGAAAUCAGGGAGUUUAAUAGCAGCCUAAAGAAAGCUUCAUCAUCAUCAUCAUCAUCAUCAUCGGCUGCAGUCACACUGACAGACUGUUCUAACACUAUAAACUACAAUCUGACAUUUAUAUUCAUACAUACAGUUGGGUUCACAAAGUCUGAUGUUAUACUGAAAAGGCUUCAGUUUCACAUUUUUUCUAAUUUAAAGGAUUAGUUCACCUGAUAAUUUACUCUCGUCCAUGUCAUCCAAGAUGUUCAUGUCUUUCUGUCUUCAGAUGAAA